AUGUCUUCCAAAGGUGCCCCCAACCCAGCCCCCGGCCGUCCACCACCACUCCCUGCAUCACUCGACACCAAACUCACCCGCACAGUCUCCGCAUCGAGCAGCCUGGCCAGCCAAGAUGCUGGCUCCGACGCAGACAUUUCCGCUUCCAAGUACUUCACCCGGGCGCUGGCGUCGACUGUUGAUGCGGAAGAGAUGGCUGCGAUGGUGAGGACACAGGAGACUACCGGCGUGACCCCGAGCGCGCAGACGUUUCUCACCCCACUCCUCGAUAUCUCCAUAUCCAGUGUAAACAUCCUCCGGGAUACCUCUCUCACCCUCGAACGGUUCAACCGGCACUCCGCUUCCAGAUACGCGCACUCAGUCAGCGCCCUAGCCCUCUACACAAAGAUGAUGAAGACGAUGCACGCGGAUUUGGAGGUUGUCUUCAGACGGAUACGAGCGCUGCGAGCCAGAGUAGCCGGGCAAUACCCUGAACACUCUGCUCAUGUUGCGAGACAACGAGCUGUUGAAGAGGCCAAGCUGGAUGUUGAGUAA